CAUAUGUGAGUCGUUCAUAAGGUAAACGGUUCGUUCGCAAUUCGCCCAUCAUUGGUGUCGUUUUUGUUUUUCCCAUAGAGGCGAUAUGGCAACACCCGCCGCUGUUAAUCCGUCUGAGAUGGGCACAGAUCUUCCUGGGCCGGUGACCAUGGCAGGUGCUGUUGCAGGGCAGGUGAGAAUGGGGGGCAACAUGCCAGGACGAGGGGGCAAGAGGAGAUCAACCGGGAUGGACUUCGAUGAUGAAGAUGGAGAAGGACCGAGCAAGUUUUCAAGGUAUGAUGAUGAACAAAUGCCUGCUGAUAAGGAACGUUAUGCCAGAGAGAACCACAGUGAGAUCGAGCGACGCCGACGCAAUAAAAUGACGCAGUACAUCACCGAGCUGUCGGACAUGGUGCCCACUUGCAGUGCGCUGGCACGGAAACCUGACAAGCUCACCAUCCUGCGUAUGGCCGUGUCACACAUGAAGUCCAUGAGAGGAACUGGUAACACGUCCACUGAUGGAGCAUACAAACCCUCCUUCCUCACUGAGCAGGAGCUGAAGCAUUUGAUCCUGGAGGCAGCUGAUGGCUUCCUGUUUGUGGUGGCAGCUGAGACAGGCCGUGUGAUCUACGUGUCGGACUCUGUGACCCCCGUGCUGAACCAUCCACAGUCUGAGUGGUUCGGCAGCACCCUGUAUGAGCAAGUCCACCCUGACGACGUAGACAAACUCCGCGAGCAGCUCAGCACCUCUGAGAACUCCAUGACCGGCCGGAUUCUAGACCUGAAGACUGGGACAGUGAAGAAGGAGGGACAGCAGUCCUCAAUGAGGAUGUGUAUGGGCUCCAGACGCUCCUUUAUCUGCAGGAUGAGGUGCGGCAGCGCUCCACUGGAUCACAUCUCACUCAACCGCCUGUCGAGCAUGAGGAAGAGAUACAGGAACGGACUCGGACCGUCAAAGGAAGGCGAGGCUCAGUAUUCAGUGGUGCAUUGCACUGGCUACAUCAAGGCUUGGCCCCCGGCAGGAAUGACAAUCCCGGAAGAGGAUUCAGAAUCAGGCCAGACAAGUAAAUACUGCCUGGUGGCAAUUGGAAGACUUCAGGUGACGAGUUCUCCAGUCUCCAUGGACAUGAACGGGCUCUCUGUACCGACAGAGUUCCUGUCUCGUCACAACUCGGACGGCAUUAUUACCUUUGUGGACCCCCGCUGCAUUAACGUGAUUGGCUACCAGCCGCAGGACUUGCUUGGUAAAGAUAUUCUAGAAUUUUGUCAUCCUGAGGAUCAGAGCCACCUAAGGGAGAGCUUCCAACAGGUUGUGAAGCUGAAAGGUCAGGUCUUAUCGGUUAUGUAUCGUUUCCGGAUGAAGAAUCGUGAGUGGAUGCUGAUCAGAACCAGCAGCUUCACCUUCCAGAAUCCAUACUCGGACGAGAUUGAGUACAUCAUCUGCACUAACACGAACGUCAAGCAACUCCAGCAACAGCAGCAGGCAGAACUGGAAGUUCACCAGAGGGACGGCCUGACAGCGUAUGAUCUCUCACAGGUGCCGGUGGGAAACGUGGCGGGCAGCGUUCAUGAAACAGGAAAGAGCAUUGACAAAACAGAGACACUCUUCUCUCAGGAGAGAGAUCCACGUUUCAGUGACAUGUACACAGGCAUCUCUGGCUCGGAUAAGAAGAUGAUGGUGCCCUCGUCCACUGCAGGAGGACAACAGCUAUAUUCCCAAGGCAGUCCUUUCCAGCCAGGACACUCUGCCAAGAACUUCAGCUCUUCGGUAAUCCACGUUCCUGGAGUAAAUGACAUCCAAUCAUCCGCCGGUUCAGCCGGGCAGAAUUUGGCUCAGAUUUCCCGUCAGAUUAACUCCAGUCAGGUGCAGUGGUCAGGCAGCAGGCCACCGUUCUCUGGUCAGCAGCAGCUCCCGGCUCAGUCCAGUAAAGCUCAAUCUUCCCCAUUCGCCAUCGGCUCAAGCCACAGCUACCAGGCCGACCCGUCUUCUUACAGCCCGCUGUCCAGUCCAGCCACUUCCUCUCCCAGCGGCAACGCCUACUCCAGCCUGACCAAUCGCAGCACUGCAUUUGAUGUUGCAGGCGAGGGCAGUCAGAGCGGCGCUCAGUUCCCGGGUCGGCCGUCUGAGGUUUGGUCUCAGUGGCAGAGUCAGCAUCACAGCCAGCAGAGCGGAGAGCAACACACACAUACUCAGCCCAGCCAGUCUGAGGUGUUCCAGGACAUGUUGCCUAUGACUGGAGACCCAACGCAAGGAACCGCCAACUACAACAUUGAAGAUUUUGCUGAUUUGGGCAUGUUCCCUCCGUUUUCUGAGUAACAGCAGACUAAAUUGCUCUCUGGGUCAUUUUUAUUUUCUUGACUUUUUAUGAUUAUCAUCUCAAACGUUGUCAUCAUUACGAUCAGUAAAACAUAUACACUGCCAUGUUAUGCAUCUCUUGAAACAAAAUGAACAUCUUCCUGUAAAUGUACACAAAGAAAAUGUCCUGUUUCUUUUUCGGGCAAUCUAUAAGCAGUCUAUCUUGUGACUGAUUUAUCUAGUACGCGCUAGACAUGUGCCGAUAUAUUCUUUGCACAAACCCUGCAAUGAUCAUAUGAAUCGCAAAUCCAUAAAUAUACACAGAGCUACGCAGCCUUAUCAUGUGUGGGUCAGGAUCAAGUGAUAGCUGGAGUAGCUUUAGGGGCAAAUCUGAGUGGAGGCUGCAGAUUCCAUGCAGAACCAUAAGCAGUGUUGUGUAAAAACAAAUGAAUUACCUUUACACACAGAUAUUUUAACACUAAAUCUACAUAGAAUAAAUAAUUAUGGUUUUUAAUCUUAUCUUGUUUUUUGUUGUUUUUUUUUUUUUUUGGAGAAGUUAUUUGUGUGAUUGGUUAAAUAAAAAAGGAGCCUAACAUUCAUGAUUUUGUGCUUUUGAAACAGGACGUUACACACAGACUGCACAUGCCAAUCAAGUGCUCUCUAUUCAGGUGAGAACACUGUUGCUAGGAAACCAGUAAAUAUGGACACCAGCUAAUGGCUGAAGUUAACAGUUUUGCUAACAAGUUAACACCACUGGAAGUAUUAACAUUUAUAUUACAUGUAUUUGUUAAGUACUGAAACACUGAAAGCAUUAGUAGUGAAAGCAAGAGCAUUAGUAAAUAUCAGACUGAUACCAGGAUCAUUGUUGAUGCAACCCUAUUCCAGUGGUUUAAAGCCUAAAAUUGAAGGGAAAUUGUUCAAUGAAGGGGAGUGGUGGCUCAAGCAAGUAAGGAUCGGUCACUGUGCCGAAAGUCAGGGGUUCAAGCACUGCCAAGCUAUACUGUUGGAGGCCCUUAACCCUUUCUGCUCCAGGGUUGAUUGGGGUUCAAGCCCUAGUACAUCCAAGCUGCCACCUCUGGUCCCUGAUCAGAGUUCUUAACCCUCUACACUCCUGGGACCCUGUAUGCACCCUGCGCUCUGACCCCAACGUCCCCAACAAGUUAGGAUAUGCAAAGAAAUAUUUUCACUGUGCUGUAAUGUAUAUGUGACAAAAAUAAAGGCUUCUUCUUCUAAAGUAAAGAGGAACAUCCAAAGCUAAAAAAAGAAAAAACAAACCUUAGUGAAGACUGCUGUACAUUUGCUGCUUUCUAGAUUGGACAGUUAGUGCACCUUACGCCAAAAACAAGCUCCUCCCACACGAACAGGGAAGAUACUGCGUAACAAAAUAAUAUUAACAAUAAAGAUUGCAAUUUAUCACUUGUUCAAAUAUCGGCACAUGCCUAGCAUACAUAUUUAAACACUCCUCAAGACAGAUGGCUUAAUGAGAGUCUCUGCUGUAAUAUCAUGUAUGAUAAAGUAUUUUUAGUGUCUCCUGUGAUCUCUAUACUGCACCAGCAUUCUGCUUAGUGUGGCAUAUGUAGUCUGUAUGUAGUGAUGUCCACAAUAUAGAUGAUCUAAUAAUAGUCGUAGAUGGUUAUGUAAACAAAACGUGUUCCAUUUCUAGCAUCGAAUGUGAUGCUUUUUUUUUUUUUUUUUUUUUUUUUUUUUAAAACAUUCAAGUGCUCUUCAUCAGCAGCCUCAGUGCAGGAUCUCAGCAUUGCGUGUAAAGCAUUUAUGAUCAUCUCUGUGGCUGCAGCAAUUCUUCACUUUCCUUUUUAAACUAACAGAUAUUUUAUGGUUUCAAUCUUUUACACAAAGAGUGUAAUACAACUGAAUGAAGGACUGAACGGAAGGAAAAAAAACUUUUUGCUAAAUGAAUAUGGGCGUUUUUAUGUAAAUACUGUGAUUUUUAAGUCUGUUCACAUACACAGCUCUGUGUGCUUGUGUAGGUUUAAUAUCAUUAUGUGCAAUGUCCGUGCGUAUUUAACUCGGUAUUUAGUUAGCCUGGUUAUUGUACAAUGAGUUUAGACUUGUAUACACUGUGUAAAUGUGUCCUGUUCAUUUUUGUGACAAAUUGUGCUUGUGACAAUAAAUGCUCAAUGAAUAUGUGGAUUUCAAAAA